GUCCCAGAUUCCCAUGGUGUUUAUUGGAGAGUGAAACUGAACUAAGCCGAUCUAACCAGGAGGAAAUGUAAGUGAAAAGACGAUAGAUAACGAGAGAGGGAGAGCAGGAAAGAGAGAGAGAGAGAGAGAGAGAGAGCGAGAGAGAGAGAGAGAGAAAGAGGAGAGAGAGAGAUAAAAUAUGUGACAACUGUCAACUCUUAGCAAUAGUUUCUGGACUUCUAAGGGUGAAAAACUGCAAGUUUUUCCUUUAUUUUACUUAGUCAAGCUCUCUUUAGCAGUCUCAGGGAUUCUUUUGGUUUUUUUUCGAGUUUUGGAGGCUUGACUUUGCAGUUAACGGCACUCCAGGCUGAAGCUUGAAGCACCAGGGCCUCGUCUGGAUUUGGACUUUUGAGUGGGACAAAGCAGCAAGAGAUGUACUUGUAUAAGGCGACUUGCUCAGACAUCCCCAACCCAAAGCCCAAGGCAGGACAGAAGCCGGCAGAGAGGGGACAAUCCCGCUACGGCAGGCAAAACUCCGGAGAGAAGGGUUACCCCCCGCUCAUGUGCUGGGGCAGCCUGAGGACUAAUGCACACCUGGAGCUCAAACGCCUGGAGGAGUUUCUCAACACGCACACACUGUCACUGCAGGACUCAGUACGAGCCAGGACCGGCAUGGCUUACAGGAACCUUGGGAAGUCUGGAUUGAGAGUAUCUUGUCUAGGCCUUGGUACUUGGGUGACAUUUGGAGGUCAGAUUUCUGAUGAGGUGGCCGAGCAGCUGAUGACCAUCGCCUACGAGAGCGGCGUGAACCUGUUUGACACAGCCGAGGUGUACGCGGCAGGAAAAGCAGAAAUCAUCCUUGGAAACAUCAUCAAGAAGAAGUGCUGGAGGCGAUCCAGUUUAGUGAUUACGACCAAGCUCUACUGGGGAGGAAAAGCUGAAACUGAGAGGGGCCUUUCCAGAAAACAUAUAAUAGAAGGCCUCAAGGGUUCGCUUCAGAGGUUGCAGCUGGAAUAUGUGGAUGUGGUCUUCGCCAACCGGCCAGAUAGCAACACACCAAUGGAAGAAAUCGUGCGGGCGAUGACCUACGUGAUCAACCAGGGAAUGACCAUGUACUGGGGGACGUCACGAUGGACAGCCAUGGAAAUUAUGGAAGCGUACUCCGUGGCUAGGCAGUUUAACCUGAUCCCGCCAGUGUGUGAGCAGGCCGAGUAUCAUCUCUUCCAGAGAGAGAAAGUGGAGGUGCAGCUGCCUGAGCUCUACCACAAGAUAGGUGUGGGUGCCAUGACCUGGUCUCCUCUAGCCUGUGGCAUCAUCACUGGGAAGUAUGAAAACGGCAUCCCGGAAUCCUCUAGAGCCUCGAUGAAGUCGUACCAGUGGCUGAAGGAUAAGAUUAUGAGCGAGGAUGGGAGGAAGCAGCAGGCUAAGCUGAAGGAGUUGGCUCACAUUGCUGAGAAGCUGGGCUGCACGCUGCCUCAGCUGGCCGUAGCCUGGUGUCUGAGGAACGAAGGAGUGAGUUCUGUCCUCUUAGGAACCUCCAACCCAGAACAGCUUACAGAAAACCUGGGAGCCAUUCAGGUCCUUCCCAAAAUGACCUCCCACAUUGUGGCUGAAAUCGACCACAUACUCGGCAACAGGCCCUACAGUAAGAAGGACUACCGCUCGUAGGGAAUUUGGGUCACGUCCUCAACAAAACGUGUCUCUCCUCCUCCUCUUCUUCCUCCUGGCUUCGGCCUCUCACUGGAGCCUGAGAGAGCUGAGCCAUCUGCAUGCCUCCCCUACCCACCUGCCAGUAACUCUGCUGGGGUGUCCCUGCACUCCGCUACCAUGCAGCCAUGCAUCACAAUGAUGAGAACCACCAAUCAAACACAAACUGCAAGAAUCACCAGUCGUCAUGUAGCAAGAGCUGCACACCCUCUGACCCAGGCAGUGUCCUGACCCCAACCUGAGAGCCCACUGGAGACUUGGAGAAGGUCGUAGGGACUGGAGGUGUGGAGCAUGUCGCCCUCUGCUGUUCAUACGGGAGCCUUGAUGCCAUAAAACUAGGAGGAGACAAACUCUGUGGUGCAAAGGCAUCCUUUAUGUGCAUCCAUAGAUGCUGGCUUUGCCGGCCUUUGCUUGUUUAAAGACUGCGUUUCUGAUUGCAUCACUGAUUAUUGAAAUGAGCCACAUUCUCACUUCUGGCACAAAAGGACAACGUUUGGCUUUAUGAGCUAUGAAACUUAGCGUAGGAGUGAAAAAGAGCAUCCGAAGGAUAUUCACAACUGGCACACCAUGUAAAUAUAAGCAAAACCGACCUCAGCCUACCUGAUUAUAUUCGAAAUAUAUAGCAUAAUGGAAAUAUAUUCAAAUAUGUAAAUAGCGCAUCUCAAACAACCAGCACAAUGCAUUUAUUGCUGUGUGUGUGUCAGAGAGAGAGAGUGUUCCCCUUCUCUUUUCACUCCCUGGUCCCCGUCCGCUUAUUAGGCCUGACUGGAUUCAUAUGUAUCUCUGUGUAGUGCGGUCAGUCCCUGAGGAGCCAGUUUCAGGUGAAGUACUUUGGCAGCUGGUGUAUAUCACAUGUGAUUCCACACCUUUCUUAUGCGUUUUUGCCUCAUUCGAGUGGGUUGUGUUUCUCCCGUUCUAUUCAAAAGCCAUAUUCCACAGAAAUGUGGACUCUCUUUGAGUGGUUAACCAUGAUAGAUGCUGCUGACCCUUAAAGGAAUGGUCUGACAAAGAAUCAGAUGUACACAAUUUUCUCCUUAGUCCAAAUGUAAUCAGUCAGCCAAGGCAUGUUUGGUGUCUGAAGUUUGCUUUUUUUGGGUUAGCACUGAAGCUACAAGGCUAAUUGUCUUCUGUUUGAUAUUUAUUGCGUUAUACGACAUUUAGUUCCGGUCACGGAAGCUGAUCUAACCUUUUUUCCCACAAACACUGUAUCACUCUGCUGAGACGCCGUUGCUAAGCAACGACUUUGACAGCUGUAGGAGACGCUCAAGCCAUUUGAAAGUUUUUACUUCUUAGUUUGCCACAAACAGAAAACGGACACUUUUAAGAUCACAUUUAACAGCGGAUUUGGUCUGAAGUCUGAAGAUGAAGCUACACUAGAUUCCCAAACUGUCGUCACUGACAUGAGGAAAAUAACCCUAUCUACGGGAUUCUAGUAGUUUGUCGGCACUAAGCUAAUGGCGAUUCACAUGUAUGUUUCUAAGUUAGGCUUGAAGAUUGUCACAGACAUAUUAGCAUAUGUUUUACCUGGCAGCCGCAGUUUUACAGCGACUCGUUGAGUAGAGAGGUUGGUGUAAAGCUGCCGCCUCUGUUGUCCAUUUCUAAUAAUGAUUAGUCUGCCGCUCGCAUUCAGUCAGUGAUGUUCCUACUUCCAGAAGACGGGAAUCCAGAAGUCCAUUUUACGGUCAUGGCUGUAAAUAUGUCUCAGUAUGUGCUAAUAACUAGUAAAAGUAAAAAAAUAUAAUAUAAAUGAAAACGCAGACUUACUUUGCUCUGCUUUAAGCUUUAGCUCAGCUAUAGCCGCUUUUCUCG